CGGUGCGCACACAGCUCACAUACCUAUUAAUUUUUGGUAACAGCUGGUGAAUGCUGUAGCGUGUACAGUGUAUGUACUUAAAAGUUCGCAACUGAUCAGCGCAGCAUUCCGUUCUCAACCCGUUUUAAAGUGGGUGGAUCCAUCGUGCCGGUAAAAUGCUGAUCCUAACGAAAGGGCAGCUGACCGACAUCCUUCCCACACUGGAAGGGGAUUUCCCGCGCAGUCUAUCGAUUUACCACAUGGUACGCAACACCGUCCGCGGCAAAUUCGCCUGGCCCGGAAUGGAAUUCGUGGUGGACGCUUUUCCCGAUUUUUCCGUAUGCAUCUGUCGACCGAGGGACGACCGGAAAGACUACGUACCGCUGAUAAACAUUUACGAUGUGCUGAUCUACUCCAAAGACGCAAAUGUUCUGAGGAAAAUACUGUUUGAAUGCCCAAACACGCUGGACUGGACCAACGAGAUCCUUUUCGAAGAUAUUAUGGAACCUGAGUAUCUCGUACUCUUAGAAGACGGCCAAGGUUUCCGUGGUGGCAGCUUUGACCAUCUCGUCGUCCGCGACGGAUUCCCGCCGGGAAAAGUAGCCUACUCUUUUGACUUGCCAAAUCUCAAUUUGGAGUGCUCCGUCCCACCCGGUUUUCGCCUGGGAAGUUUGGGCGUAGAACACGUAGCCCAAAUCGCCCGCGAACGUAGUCUCGGUAACCCAGAGAAUACCGAGAAGCACCUGCGCUACUUAAUUGAACACGGCUUCCUCACCGCGGCGCUGUUCGUCGACGGACAAAAUGAGCCUAUAGCGCACUGCGUGUACCGGCCGGAAGGUGCCCUGGGAGCGGGAUACGUUGAUCCGGCGUACCGAAAACGCGGCUUCUACCAGUUGGUGCUGAAAGCGCUGCUGCGGACACUGCGAGACAUGGGCGAGAUCAAUGUGUGGGUGAAUACGAUGCGGUUUAACACUACCUCGCAGCAGAGUAUGGCGGCCGUGGGCGGGAAAGAGUUUAAGGGUCACCCCAUGCACGUUAUUAUCUACACGCCGGCCAAUAGUUGAACUCCAUCGUGGUUAAGGAUUUUAUACUGUAUGUUUUCCAAGGAUCAUUGUGAUUUAUUAGACAACACGAUCACCCGAAUAACACAACAAGCAGGCGGGUCACAUUAUGUGACCCGGGCAAAUGUGUAACCUUUAACAUAACAACAACAGAUACGUUCUAACUUCUAAGAGAGCGUCCCGAUUACAUCGGUAAUUUGGUAGUGCUGCUCUGUUGAAAACAGCUUAAAUUGCUUUACCAUUAGAGGCUCAGCCCAAACUAUUGUAAUUUAGACACAUGUUCCUGCUACGCUUCGGUCAUGCCGUGCCCGAAAAAAGCGAGUGCUCUUUCCUAGUGAAAUAUGGUAGUUAAACCUUUAAUAAGUAUCAUGGUACGAGUACAAACUAUGCACCAGAACAAAACGGCAUUUACAAAAGAAACACUUCCUCUAUGCUUUCCUAAUCGGGGAUGGUACCCAUUACACAAAUCGCGUUUCCCCGUUGUAUUUGCAUAGAUAUUGUUACGGCCGUGGUGUUGACAAGUGGACGGCGGCUAUCGUGGCUUUGAUUAAUUGUCCAUGUGCAUGGUUUGCAUCCUCAUUAAUACGAGUAUUAUUAUGACCAUAUCUGUGUGAAGAUAUUUAUGGCCAUAUGUGUGUGAAGACAUUUAUGUC